UAACAACAGUAACUGUCACAUUUGAUCUCGUUCUUCUUUCAUUGUCUAUGAAUUUUUGUUGUUGUAAUUUGUUAGGAACCGGGAAAAUUUUGUUUAUUGCUUGUAUUUUAUAUCCCCGAUUGUUUACAUAAUCAACAGCAAAAAUGACUAUAGGAAAAAAUAACAAAAUGCAACAGCAUAUUAAUUACAGAGUGAGAGUAAUAUUACAAGACUCUCGUACAUUUAUAGGGACCUUUAAGGCCUUUGAUAAACAUAUGAAUUUGAUAUUAGGAGACUGCGAAGAAUUUAGAAAAAUUAAAUCUAAAAAUGCUAAAACUGCAGACCGAGAAGAAAAGCGGACGCUUGGUUUUGUAUUGUUAAGAGGAGAAAACAUAGUUUCGUUAACUAUAGAAGGCCCGCCACCCCCUGAAGAAGGCUUGCCCCGAGUACCAUUGCCUGGUGCUAUGGGUGGUCCAGGUGCCGGUCGGGUUGCUGGGCGAGGUGCUGGCUUUGGCGGACCACCUCCAGGGCUUCAGGGUCCCGCCAGGGGAGUCGGUGGACCUUCUCAACAACAUAUGGCGCCCGGUGGUAGAGGUCAAAUGUCAGCACCACCACAAAUGAGAGGUGGGCCGAUGAUGGGUGGUCCUCCACCGGGUAUGAUGGGAGCACCUCCUGGUAUGGGCCGGGGAGGCCCUGGCCGUGGACCUCCUGGUAUGCGCCGUUAUUAGAAUUAAGAAUAAUUAAAUAGGUACAAGUGGUUGGUCUAUUGAUUAAUUUAAUUGGAUUUUAUUAUUGUCAAGUUCAAGUGAAUGUGCAGUGUUUUGUGUUAUGAGACAUUAAGCAAAAGUAAUGUAAUUAAAAGAAUGAAUAAGUAAUAAAUUUAUUUUUUUCAUACA